AUGCAAUCGACGGAUGAUGUGAAUUCAUGCCCCCCGGAAAAGAAGGAAGUCAUGGAGCUCUCAAGUGUGCUGCAUGCACCUGUCAUAGGAAUUUCCUUAGAAAGGUGGUGCGCCAAUUUCAAGCUUACUGUGAUUGCUCCUCCAAACCCUCAACUCCAAACCGCCGUCAACGCCACCACUGCUGAAGAGGAAAUCAUGCCUAAGGUGAAGACAAACAGGGUAACUUACCCAGAGGGUUGGGAACUGAUUGAACCUACGCUGCGUGAACUACAAGCAAAGAUGAGAGAAGCUGAGAAUGAUCCUGAUGAUGGUAAAAGAAAAUGUGAAGGCCUGUGGCCUAUUUUCAAAAUAGCUCAUCAGAAAAGUCGCUAUGUUUUUGACCUUUAUCACAAGAGGAAGGAAAUUUCGAAGGAAUUAUAUGAAUUCUGCUUGGAGCAGGGUUAUGCAGAUCGUAAUUUAAUUGCAAAGUGGAAAAAGCCUGGUUAUGAAAGGCUCUGCUGUUUAAGGUGCAUGCAGCCUCGGGAUCAUAACUUCCAAACCACAUGUGUGUGCCGAGUCCCCAAGCAUUUGCGGGAGGAGAAGGUUAUCGAGUGUGUACAUUGUGGUUGUACAGGUUGUGCGAGUGGAGACUGA